AUGGCGUCGUUUUUUCCCUCCUUUUUCGGCUGGUGUUAUCGUGGGAUUGCUAUUGUGCCACUGGGCUGGCUGCGUGGUCCCUUCCUUGAGCUUCGCGGCAAGCGAGAUACGCGUGGCACGCGGCGCCGCUUAUUUGCGACAGCGUCGGCCCAAGGUUGGCUUCGUGAUCGACCCUCUGCCUGUCUCCGUGUUGCGCAGCUUUCUUUCGCCGGAUGGCGCGCUUGUGGCGUAGCGUGCGUCGGGCAAAUGUCGUGGGGCGGGUCCCGCCGCGCCUGUCACGUGCCGUGGCUCUGCUCUGCUCUGCACUGCUCUGUGGCGGCGUUGCCUGUGGGAUGGCCUGAACGCGACGGAGUCGCGGGUGUUGUGAGUGCCGGGCCUGUUUCGUUGGGGGUUGCCCAUCUGGCGACUACGCACGCGCUUCGGCGGAGACGAACGCGCCGGCCACGUUGGGACGCGGCCUCGGUGGGCGCCCCUUCCUAA